AUCACCGAAGCUCCAUUCCAUCUCCCCCAAAUCUCAUUCUCACUCCCCGUCCAACUCCGAGUACUACCAUGGACGACGGAGCGAACCCCACCCCUCCGCCCUCCUCCUCCACCGCGGCGACAGCGGCCGCCGCCGCCGCGCAGCACCAGCAGCUCCAGCGCCAGCUAUUCCUGAUGCAGCAGGCGCAGGCGCAGGCCCAGGCUCAGGGGCACCCGCAGCAGCUGUCGCAGCAGGCCAUGUCCCGCUUCCCCUCCAACAUCGACGCCCACCUCCGCCCCCUCGGCCCGCUCCGCUUCCACCAGCAGCCCCAGUCGCAGCAGACACACUCCCAGGGGCCGUCUCCUUCUCCGUCUCCGUCUCCGUCUCAGGCAUCGCCGCAGCAGCAGGCGGCCGCUGCGCAGGCCCAGGUGGCGAGGGUCCGGAGCCCCGAGGUGGAGAUGGCACUGCAGGACGCCAUGCGGGUCUGCAACCCGGACAUUAAGACGCCCUUCCAGUCCCUCGAGGACGCCGUUAACAGGUUAUUGCCUUACCACGUCGUUGCUGACUAUGAGGCUGAAGAAGAUGAUAGAAUCCUUUACAGCGAUACAACUGGCCAGAUUCCUUCUCGGCUGCAGCAAUGGGAUCAUAACAUUCUGGUGAAGAUUGCUGAGUUUACGACAACUUUUGAGAAGCAAGUGUUGGCAUAUAAUAUAAUGACUAAGAAAAGGGCCAUUGGUGAGUUCAGAUCGGAGGAGCGGCUCAUGCUGGAGCAAGCUUUAUUACAGGAGGAAAAGCAGGCUACGAUGGAACUAAGAACAGAGAUGGAGAAAGCAGGUCGUGAGGCUGCCCAAGCUAAGAUGCGUAUGGCAAUGGCAGAUCAUGCUCGGGCUGAGGCCCAAGCGCACUCUGAGAUGAUUAAUCAUGGCCCUAUACGGGCCAGUGCUGCUGCUUCACAAGGGGACGAUGGUCCUAGUCAUGGCAUGGCGCAAGAACAGGGUGAAGAUGGGUGGGCAAAUGCUCAAAGGGAUGAAGAUCCAUCUGAGGAUUUCCUGAACGAUGACAAUGAAUCAGAGAAUGGGAACUCUGACGGGCAAGAGGACUGGCGUAGAUCAAGAGAGCUUGAUCUAAACUCUAGGUAAGACAGGUGAACUGGCACAGAUUGAGGGAACUAGAUCAAAAUUCUAGGUCGAGCUAGGAUUAUGCACCUGCUAGUAUUGUGUCUACAGUUUUCAUGUUGUAUGUGUUGAAGAUAAUUUAGCCAGUCUUUAUGGCUGUAAACAUGCCAUUUCAAACAAACUAACUGCUCUUGUAUUUGACAAUAUUUGCUCCUCCA